AUGCUCCUAUGCCGGUUACUGUUGCUUUCGGCUCAUGGCCUUGCUGCAGCCUCCAGUAUAACGUCGAGCUUCAAAUGGAGCGGCUCGCAGCCCUACCUUAGUGUCAAGAGUGACGGCAAGGGUUUGGCUGGGAUCAAAGAUCCGUCGAUCGUCUACCUCGACGGGACCUACCAUGUCUUCGCAAGCACUGCGCAGGCUUCCGGGUAUAACCUGAUGUACAUCAACUUCACUGACUUCAGCAAAGCCCAGUCUUCGACGUUUCACUAUCUUGAUACCGAGUCCAAGAUUGGCUCGGGUUACCGCGCGGCCCCUCAGGUCUUCUACUUUGCACCAAAGAAACUCUGGUAUCUCGUCUAUCAAAAUGGAAAUGCAGCAUAUUCGACCAAUACGGACAUUGGCAACCCAGCUGGAUGGACUGCCCCAACGAAUUUCUACAGCGGCACCCCAAAGAUUAUCUCGGACAACAUCGGCAACGGAUAUUGGGUUGACAUGUGGACAAUCUGCGACAGCUCCAACUGCUACCUCUUCUCCUCCGAUGAUAAUGGCCAUCUCUACCGUUCUUCAACCUCGUUGUCCAAUUUUCCCAGCGGUAUGUCAAAUACCGUGAUCGCCAAGUCCUACGACUCAACCAAAAACGAUCUGUUUGAGGCCUCUAACAUCUAUGCCCUCGGGGACGGAACAUACCUUCUGAUCGUUGAGGCUAUUGGAAGCGACGGGAACCGGUACUUCCGUUCGUGGACGUCGACAAGCCUCACUGGGACAUGGAAUCAGCUGGCAGCCUCCGAGAGUAACCCAUUCGCAAGGGCUAACAACGUUGCAUUCUCUGGCACAGCCUGGACAAAGAGCAUCAGCCACGGCGAGAUGAUCCGCACAAACCCCGAUCAGACCAUGACUAUCAGCCCCUGCAACUUGCAAUACUUGUUUCAAGGUCUAAGUCCCACAGCUUCGGGCGAGUACAAUGCACUCCCGUGGAAGCUUGGGCUGCUCACUCAGACCAACUCGAACGCAUGCUCGGGAGAGCCGUCCCCAACGAGCACCACCAAGACAACCGCGGCGCCCGCUCCCACAAGUACCUCUUGUACAACUGCGAAGUAUGGCCAGUGCGGUGGGUCGGGAUUCUCUGGUUGCACGGUGUGCGCCUCGGGAUCGACUUGUACAUAUUCGAAUGACUACUAUUCGCAGUGCUUGUAG